AAUUUUCCUCGUCAUCUUGGGAGGAAGCUAGGUUGUUUCGCUCUACGGGUUUCUCUUGUUCGGAAAUCUGUAAUGGGGAUUCUGGAAUAUUUUCGGGUUCUGGUUUUUCUUAUUUCUCCUCGUGGAUGGUCUAUCUCUCUUGCGGUUACAUGGCAUGCAAAUCCCUUGCCAUUGCGCGAAUUAAUGAUGCAUGUCGGGGCCAUCGGUGUCUGUCUUCCUAUUUCGAAAAAAGUUCAUAGGAUCUGGAGGUGUUGCGCCUCGAAACAUACCUCCUAUGGCGAUACUCAAAGUGGGCAUCCUGAUAGGGAGCUAGAUAGAUGAAAUGGACAAGAUAGUAGCGAACCGUCCGACCAAGAGUCACCACGAUGAG